AUGCCUCUAAAGUUAAUGAAACACCAAGCAGAUUGCCAAGAAAAAACGGAUAAAAACGACCAGAAAUGGACAGAAUUGACGAAAUUGUUCGAUAUGAUCAAAGCCGUCAUGGCGAAAUUAGACACGUUGGAUGAAAUUAAGCAGCAACGCAUCGUUUACGUUGAACGAGAGUUAUUAGAGAUGAAAAGUUAUUAGAGAUGAUUCAAUUGAAUUCGCUCACACCGAAGUAAAAGAGUUAAAGGAAGAGGUGGUAGAAUCAAAGAGAUCUGAUCAAGAAAACAAAGAAAAAAUCCGCGCGUUAGAGGAAGCAAGUCAACAUCUGCUAGACAGCGUGAUUGAUCUCAAGGCUCGAUCCAUGCGGGACAACCUACUCUUUUACAAUGUUCAAGAAGAUGAAAAAGAAAACACGAGCGACAAGAUUUAUAAAAUACUUGAAGAAAAUUUGCAAAUCCCUGAUGCCAGAGAGAAGAUUAAAAUAGAUCGAUCUCACCGAGUCGGAAGGAAGCGUGAUAGCAACCGGAAACGGAGAGCAAUCGUUGUGAAAUUUAACUAUUUUCAAGAUCACGAACAUAUUUGA